UUUAAUAUGUCAUGACAAAGGAGUAGUUACACUAAUAUCAUCAUAUCAACAUUCCUCAUGCGUUUUUUAGUUUAAUCUAAAAUCCAACUUUAACUUAGAAUUGGAAGCUGCAAUUACUUAUCAAAUACCAACUUGUUCAAUUAUUUAUUAAUUUGCUCUAUAUAUAAGGUGAAUGAGAUUUCUUCCUUUCUUUUCUUCUUGUAACAACAAUGGCAACUGAUGAUCUUCGCACAGAUUCUUCCGACUACCGGGUUGAGCUUCUAUCGCCGGAAGCAGCCGGCAUGGUUCCGGCUGCACCAAGGGAGCCAACAUGGCAACUCAACAUGGAUCAGUUUCGGUCGGCAGAGAGACACAUGAAUUCUAAUUUUGGUUGUGGAUCUUUUUGGCAGACAUUAAAGAGGCAAAAAAAAAUUGCAGCAUACUACAAGAGGCAGGAAAAAAUUCUCAAAGGAUUUGAUGAAAUCGACAAAUUUACCGAGCAGGGUUUUUUGCCUGAAAGUAUGACAGAGGAUGAAGAAAAGCAACUUGCUAGGGGUGAGAGUCUGGCAAUAUAUGCAUCUAACAUAGCUAACGUUGUGAUUUUCAUUGCAAAAGUGUUUGCUUGUGUUGAGAGUAAAUCACUGGCAGUGAUAGCUUCCACCUUAGACUCCCUUUUGGAUCUUUUAUCUGGUUUCAUCCUAUGGUUUACUUCUCAUGCUAUGAAAAAACCAAAUCACCAUUGGUAUCCUGUUGGAAAGAACCGAAUGCAACCUGUGGGCAUUGUUGUUUUUGCAUCAGUAAUGGCGACACUUGGAUUACAAAUAUUGUUCGAAUCAGGUCGACAACUCCUUGCAAAAACUCAGCCUGAAAGGGACCCCAUGAAAGAAAGAUGGAUGAUAGGAAUUAUGAUCUCAGUCACAGUAGUAAAAUUUUUGCUCAUGGUAUACUGUCGCAGAUUCGAAAAUGAAAUUGUUAGGGCAUAUGCUCAAGACCAUUUCUUUGAUGUGAUCACCAAUGCAAUCGGUCUAGUAACAGCAGUUUUGGCUAUCAAAUUCUACUGGUGGCUCGAUCCUACUGGUGCUAUCAUUAUAGCUUUAUACACAAUUAGUAAUUGGUCAAGGACUGUGAUGGAGAAUGUAUGGUCACUAAUUGGGAGGACAGCCCCGCAAGAGUAUUUAGCAAAGCUAACAUAUCUCAUUUGGAACCAUGACAAGGAGAUUAAGCACAUUGACACAGUUAGAGCAUACACAUUUGGGUGUAACUACUUUGUUGAGGCUGACAUAGUUUUACCAGAGGAGAUGCCCCUUGGUCAAGCACAUAAUAUUGGGGAGAGCCUUCAAGAGAAGAUUGAACAACUCCCCCAAGUUGAACGGGCAUUUGUUCAUGUGGAUUUUGAAACAACUCACAAGCCAGAACACAAGCCAAAGGCUUCAUAACAACCAAGAAAAGCAUAACAAGGAGGAUAAAUAAUGGUUUGUCACGUUUGUGUGCAUAUUAAAGAGGGAUGGAUAUUCAUCGUGUAAGGAGUCCAACCAAACUUUCACGGCCUCUUCGGGUUGGUUUUUUCCUUUACCAGUGAGUAAUUGGUCUAUAAAAAGUUUUAAGAUGCCUCUAUUUACUAUUUAGUCUACUGACACUUCACUUAUUAAGAUUGAAAUUUUUGGAUUUGGAUUUUAAUUUUGGAUUCGGAUUUAUUGUAAGCUAUAACCUCAUGUAUACGCAUUGAUACAUCUAAAAAAUAAUAAUAAAAAUAAGACGUUUCUAUUUA